AUGCUCAAAAGGCUCGCUGUUGCUAGGCCUAAGACGUCCACUCUUGGUUCAUCAAUAAUGCGUAUCGCCGACAUCGAUCCGACUGCGUGGGCAGAUUCCACGGCCGCCUAUUGGCCAAGUCUUUCGGUCGGUAUAGGACGAUCCUUUGCGGCUAUUGGUGAGGCGAACGGCUAUGCUAGCGAUAGCAGUCUUCUCUAUCGCAUUAGCAUCCGAGCCGGUGAUGCCCCUGCUGCUGGGACAAUCUUGUCUCCAACCCCGAGUAUCAAUUGGUUGACCAGAUGCUCGUCUGACGUCCCUGCCUCAGCAACGAAAGUCCUUUUUUGCUCAUAA